AUGUCUGCAUCCGCUAAGGAGUUCAAAGAUAUCCUGAAUGCUGAGGUUCAUAUUGAUCUUGAUAAGCUGAGAGAAUCUUCAAGACAUGGUAUUCCCAUGGAAGUCAGAGGGGAAGCUUGGAAGUAUUUACUUGGAGUAAAUCCGGCCGAUAGAUCACAGGAAAUAACCAGCAUCAAGGAUAAAUAUGAAGAAUACCUUGCCAUAGAAAAAGAAAAUAUAGAUAUUAAUAAACGCGUUCGCGGUGAAGUUAGUCGAUAUCAACGUAAAGUUAAAGGUUUUGAUGAUACCAAUGAUUCUAAUGAUUAUACGGUUGUCUUUGAAAAUGUCAUCGGAGCUUAUAUGAAUCAUAAUCGAGACGUGGAUUAUCAUCCGGCUCUUGUUCACUUAUGCGCACCAUUUGUCUAUUGUAUAAAGAAUGAAUGUGAGGUAUACUAUUGUUUUGCAAGGCUCAUGUCUAUGCUAGAUGAAUAUAAUUUAACUCACAGCAACAUAAAUGAGCGUGUUGCCAAUUUCAUGACAUUGUUUAGAUCCGUCAAUCCUGACUUAUGUAAUUAUUUUGAAGAGGAGGAAGUUGAUAUUAAUGAAUGGGCUUCGUCAUGGUUACAGAAUUUAUUGGCAAAAGAACUUCAAUUCGAAGAUUUAUUGAGACUAUGGGAUACAUAUUUUUCUAUCGAAAAUCCUAUGGAAUUUCAUCCUUAUGUGUGUUUAGCAUUGCUAAAACACACUAGGGAGAAUCUUGAAGAGUUGGAACAAUCAGAAAUCCAAAUAAUGUUAUUGAGAUUGCCCUCGUUGGAUAUGGAACAAAUCAUUAAUCAAGCUUUUAGUAUUUAUCACGAGAUGUUAGAAAGACAAAUUUCUGAUUUCUGA